CCCGCUUACUGACCAAUAAGAGUGCAGGAGGCGGGAGCAGCGUGUGUUAUUAGUGUGACAUUGAGCGUGUAGCCGUUAUGUGAGUGUUAUAACACGUUAUAGUGAGCAGUGUGUAGCUGAAUUAAUUCACUCAUGGAGACUUCAAACUCAGAAGAGCCUCACCUCAGACACGUGGAACGUGACGUCCUGAUCCCAAAACUGAUGAGACAGAAAGCUAAAGAACUCUGUGCUCAACACGUUGAAGCAUUCACACAGUGCUGUAAGGACAGCGGGCUGCUCAUGGUGGUGAAAUGCAGAGAGGAAAACAACGCCCUGAAACAGUGUCUCACCAAACAUUACACAGAUCCAGCGUUCUAUGAGGAGUGUAAGCAGCAGUAUAUCCAAGAGAAACAGGACUAUGAGCGCACAGGCAUCUCUGCCAAGCACAGAGCACAAAGAUUACCUACCAGCAUGUAGAAUGAACACAAACACACACACACUCUGCUGUUUAUAUUCAUGACUAAACCUCAUAUAAAUUCAUAGAGAGUUUUAAUCACAUCAGAUGAAAUUUCCUCCGCUGAGACUCUUUCAGUCUCUUAACACACACACAUACACACACACAUACACACACACACACAAUUUGUUUUGGCUUUUUUUCUAAGAAUGAAUUUAUUUUGUUUUGAUUUGUUUUUUUUUCUCUUGAUCUUUGCAAGAUCAUCAGUUUUGUUUGUAAGUGAACACAAACUUUAGCACAGAAGGAGUUUGUGCUGUUUGUGUGUGAAAUGUCUGAUAAAGAUGUGAAUAUUUAUGUGAAUAAAACAGCUUUAUGACAAAUGUUGCUUUAUAUGAGGCUGAAACCUGAAAAUCCCAAUAAUUAAAAAAAACUAUUUAAAGACUAAAUUGAUUAAAACUCUUAUGUAAGAUUGUACAAAGUAAAUAAAUAAUUCAGGUGAUGUUUUUUUUUUUUUUGCUGAAUGAUUUUAAUGAUUCAUUUUUGAUUUUCAGUCGAUUCUUCAGUGUAAACAAAUCUAAUAAAGGGUGAGAAUGAAACCCC